AUGCAAGGCCCAUUAAAAAGUUUAGCACCAAAUGCUCGAGUUGGUGUAGUUGGUGGAGGGAUAUCUGGAUUGACUUUUAGCUAUUUCCUAGCCAAAUUGAGACCUGAUGUACAUGUAACUGUAUUCGAAUCGAAACCCCGAACAGGAGGUUGGAUCCGCUCACUGGACACUCAAGACAAUGAGGGUAGUCCAAUUAUGUUGGAACAAGGUCCAAGGACUUUAAGAGGUGUUUCAGAUGGUACUGUUCUUAUGGCAGAUAUCCUCAAAGAUUUGAAAAGGCAUUCUUUAUUACAGUACGUGCGAAAGAGGUCUAGAGCCAAUAAGAAGUUUUUGUUAGAUACCAAUGAUCAAUUGGUACAGGUUCCCAAUUCUUUGAUGAGUGCACUAAGAUUUUGCUUCAAUCCCAUGGGUAAAGGAGUACUGUCUGGCUAUUUAGGUGAAAGGUUUAGAAGUAAGGAUUCAAGACCGCCAGGCGGUGAUGAAAGUGUGCAUUCAUUUAUCAGUAGAAGAACGGGUAAUGAAUUGGUUUCAACCAAUUUGGUAAGUGCGGUGUGUCAUGGUAUUUAUGCCGAUGACGUCAAAAAGUUAAGCGCUCGUAAAGUUAUGGGCAAAUUUAUGGACUAUGAAGCUCAAUAUGGUUCAAUAAUUAAAGGUUCUAAGAAGGUCAACUCCCAAAAUAAAAAGAGCCUCAGCGCUUCAGGUUUAACACCUCUAAUUUCAUUGUAUCGAGAUGCGUUUAGCAAAGACAAAUACGAAUUGGCGAGAUUGAUCAGAGAUUUUUCUAAAUAUCCCAUGAUAGGAUUAUCAGGUGGAUUGGAAACUUUUACCCGCUCACUCACGCAAGAAUUAGACAAAUGGCCCAAUGUAAAUCUAGAAUUACAAAGACAAGUGCAAAGCGUUAGCAAAGAUCCUCUCAGUAAUCGUAUUACCGUAAAGACCACCGAAGGUCCUCCAGUUGGUGAUUUUGAUCAUUUGCGGAUAACGACGAAUCCUUCCACAUGGAAGGAAACAGGGUUGUUCAACGAUCAAUUGUCACAAAAACUCUUACAACGUCCCCAAUCGAAUACAGUACUCCUAGUCAAUUACUACUGGCCUCAUGAGGAUCUUUUACUUAAAAAUCAACAAGGGUUUGGGUAUUUAGUCCCCCAAAACCGUAAAAACCCAGAACAACUUCUGGGAAUCAUUUUCGAUUCCGUUAUUGAAAAGAAUUACAAUGCAUACUACCCUGGCUUUACCAAAGAUAUGUUUACAGGACUUUCGAAAAGGCAAGAAUACACCAAAUUAACGGUAAUGUUAGGAGGUCACUACCUAAAGGAACGUCAUACUGUACCUACUGCAGAGGAAACAAUCCUUGCUGCAAAACAAGCCCUACAUAACCAUUUGGGGAUUUCUCAACAGCCUUUAGAUAAUGGUACUUGGAAAUUCGUAGUGGCCCAAGAUUGUCUACCGCAUUUUUUCGUCGGUUAUUCGCAAUGGAAACAUCAGGUGGAACAAGAAGUGCUAAACAAAUUUGCAGGUCAUAUCUCAUUAGGUGGUAUGGGAUUUGCCAGGGGUCCUGGGGUACCCGAUGUAGUUACGGAUUCUUUCAUGGAUGUCUACAAGAUGGUACAGGAUUCGAAGGCAUGA